AUGGCGCUAGUCCUGGACCAAGCCCGGACUCGGGCCCAGGACCAGGACCGGGACCAAGACAACGACAACGACAAGGACGACAAGGACAAAUACAAAGACAAAGGCAAGGCGCCUCAAAUCCCAGACCAAGGCAGUGCGCCUCAAGACCAAGCCAGGGCACCUCAAGUUCCCGACCAAGACCAAGGCGAGGCACCUCAAGACAAAGAUAAGGCGCCUCAAGUCCCAGACCAAGACCAAGACCAAGACAGGGUGCCUCAAGACCAAGCCAGGACGCCUCAAGUCCCAAGCCAGGCGGCGCCUCAAGUUCCAGACCAAGACCAAAACGCUAUGCCAAGGAGGAAUAAGGGUCGCCAAAAGAUUGAUCACCUGACCAAAAUGAAAAAUGAGAGUAACCUCCAAGUAACCUUUUCGAAACGUCGGUCCGGCCUGUUCAAGAAGGCCAGUGAGUUAGCCAUCCUUUGUGGUGUCGAGCUGGCGUUGAUCGUCUUUUCUCCUGGCAACAAGGCGUUCUCCUUCGGCCACCCUAGCGUGGACGAGAUCGUCGACAGGUUCCUGACUCGGGCCCUUCCCCCGUCUGACGCAACCAACAACAUCAUGAUAGCGCAGCGGAAUGACAAUGUCCGUCAACUCAAUAGCCAAAUGACCAACUUGCAGGCUGUGUUUGAAGCCGAGAGGCAGAAGAAGGCCGCGCUCGACCACGCUAGCGCCGUGAGUCUGACCCAGCACCCGUGGGAGGCUCCUUUCGAUGAGCUGAGCCAUGAUGUGCUUGUGGCGUUGAAGGGUGCCAUGUUGAAUCUCCAGUCUAACCUGGCAAAGCAUGUGGAAAUGCGAAUGCAACAGGAACAACAAAAUCCUUUGGCUUUUCAGUCGGGGGCGAGUUCUUCUGGAGGCGGAGGCGGAGGCGGUGGUGGUGGCGGAGGCGGGGGAGGUGCAGGGCCAAGUUCUUUUGGAGGCGGAGGUCGAGGUUCGAGUUCUUUUGGAGGAGGUGGUGCUGCUGGAGCGUCCGGUUCCUUCGGAGGAGGUGGUAACAAUGUUUUUCCAUCUUUUCCCCCUGGUCCAAGUUCUAUGGGAGAAGGUGGCAGUGGUUUUUCGCAGUUUGUCGAUGGGUCGACUUCUCACGGAGGUGUUGGUGGCGGUGUUGAUCCAGCAUUUUCAACAGGGCUGAAUUAUUUUGUAGGUGGUGUUGGUGGUGCUUUGCCGUUCUCUUCAGGACCGAUGUUUUCGGCAGGUUCGAGUUCUGGAGGUGGCGGUGCUUUGCCAUUUCCUGCAUGGUCCUAUUCUGCUGGAAGUAGCAGUAGUAGUGGUGCUGGUGCUUUGCCAUUUCCUACAUGGUCCAGUUCCGUUGGAGGCGGCAGCAGCAGCUUCAGUGGUGCUUUGCCACCAUUUCCUGGCGAAUCAAGUUCAUUUCCUCCGGGGACGAGUUCUUUUGGACAAGGUGGUGCUUUGCCAUUUCCUCCGGUACCGAGUUCUUUUGGAAGCGGUGGUGCUUUGCCAUUUCCUCCGGGACCGAGUUCUUUUGGAAGCGGUGGUGCUUUGCCAUUUCCUCCGAGACCAAGUUCUUUUGGCCUUGGCCGUGGCAGGGGCCGGGGCCGGGGCAGGGGCAGGGGCCGUGGCCGUGCUGGUAUUAGGCUGAGUCCAUCCGGCCGUAGCCGUGGCCGUGCUUUGCAAAGAGGGCCGAGUUCAUCUGACCGUGGAAGUGAUGGUGAUUUGCAUAUAGGGCCGAGUCCAUCCGGCCGUGGUGGCGCUUUGCAAAUAGGGCCGAGUCCAUCCGGCCAUGGUGGUGGUGGUGUUUUGCACAUAGGGCCGAGUCCAUCCGGCCAAGGCGGUGGUGGUGCUUUGCAUGUAGAGCCGAAUCCAUCUGGCCGUGGCCGUGGACGUGGGCGACCACCUGGGCCUAGCCGUGGCCGUGGUCGUGGGUCUAACCGUGGCACUGGUCGCGGGUCUCAGUGA